AUGGUGGGCAUUGAUAGUGUUCGGUUUUAUCGUCCGUUUUGGAUUUGCAUGAGAAUACUAGCCCCCACUUUCUUCGGGCAACCAACGCGACUUCUUCGUGCUUAUGUGGUGGUUCUGGAGUUCCUGAUUACCUUGUGUUUCCCCCUUCAUCUACUCCUACAUGUCCUGCUACAUCCUGCGCCCGCGGAUCUCUUCAAGAACCUGAUUAUGACAAUCACCUGCUCGGCCUGCAGCUUGAAACAUGUGGCGCACUUCGUUCACCUACCGGAGAUACAAGAAAUAGAUUCUUUAAUCACCCAGUUGGAUAAGUUUAUUGAAAGCGAAGACGAGCAUCAAUAUUAUCGCGAAAACGUAAAGUCCAAUGCCAAACGCUUCACGCAAUGCCUUUAUAUCAGUUUCGGAAUUAUAUACGCGAUUUUCAUGCUUGGCUUCUUGGUCGUGGUCGCUACUGAAACCGGGGAACUGCUUAUCCCGGCGUAUUUCCCCUUUGACUGGCAGAGGAAUCAGUGUUUGUAUGCUCUGGCCAUUAGCUACCAGAUUUUAGGCGUUCUGAUCGAUGGUCUAGAGGGCCUAAGCAAUGACACAUAUUCUCCAUUGACCCUGUGCCUCCUGGGGGGCCACAUCCGAUUGUGGGCCAUGCGCAUGUCAAGGCUGGGAUUUGAAGGAAACGAAAGUGAAAUGAAUCAGUACAGAAGGUUCUUGGAGUACAUAGAGCAGCACAAGUUGUUAAUGAGAUUCCACUACCUGACCCAGAAGACCAUCAGUGAGGUGCAAAUUUUCCAGCUAGGUGGCUGUGGCGGCACCCUGUGCCUCGUGGUGUCCUAUGUGCUCUUCUAUGCCCCGGACAUGAUAUCCCUGAUCUACAACCUGGUGUUUAUCGGAGUGGUCUGCGUCCAGCUCUUUCCCAGCUGCUACUUCGCCAGCGUGGUGGCCGAGGAGGUGCAGAGUCUGCCCUACGCGAUCUUCUCCAGCCGCUGGUAUGCCCGAUCGCGACGUCACCGCCGGGAUCUGCUCAUCUUCACCCAACUGACACUGGGCACCACGGGACGGGGCCGGGUGAUGAAGGCGGGCGGACUCGUGGAGCUGAAUCUGAACGCAUUCUAUGCCACCCUGAAGAUGGCCUACUCCCUGUUCGCCGUGGUGGUGCGGGUGAAGAGCCGAUAG